CACAUAUAUGCGCAAGAAUUUUGAGUUAAUUUUGAAAUUUCUCCAAAUUGUGUCUUGAAUUCAAAUGGCAUGUAUUGUAAAGAAGGCGCACAUAUUAUAUUGUGAGAAUUUGCUUGAAUUUUGCGAUCUCAAAUAUCUGCUACGCCCACUUCCCUCAAAUGCUUCGAAAAUCACUGCAUAUACACACUGUACAUGUAGUUAGUUAUUCCCAAUUCUCAGUGAACCUUCCCUUUACUUCCAGGUCAGACUGUAUAAAAUCUUUGUGGACAACGAGUAAAUCGGUCCCAUUUGUUCUCAGAGAUAAAUCAACUCCAACUGUUGUUGGGAGUGUCCUAGUUAGUGAGCCAUUACUUGCGAGUAAUCUACAACAAGAGUUGGAUAUCACAUAUGAUACAUUUGAGCCUAAUAAAUCGAAUAUUUUAAAACGAGCCUAUCAAUACAUAUUAGGGGAUGUGUUAUUGGGGAAACAAAAAACUGAGCAAAUGCUAAAAGUUGGCACUAAUUUGAUAGGUAUAGGAGAGGUUUUCCUCCAGGGAAACUUAAUUGUGCUGACUCCUCCCAAAAAUGGAAGCAAGUAUAUUCUUUCUUUAUUAACCAAACAGGAGAUCAUAAAGAACAUGGAGAAACAAACUUUAGGUCGUAGAUUUAUUUUAAAAAUGUUGGGAUGGAUUAGUAUUGGUGUGUUUGCAUACAGUAUAUACAAACUCCUAAAUAGACCUACACAACCUGAAAACAAUUUUCAGCAUAGGAUAAGAUGGGACAUUGAAGAUGAGAUACCACAUUGGAACCAUGAUCCAGUUGAACAUAAUCAAGCUGAAAUACAAAACAAUCAACCUGAAAUACAAAACAAUCAGCCUGGAAUACAAAACAAUCAGCCUGAAAUACAAAACAAUCAGCCUGAAAUACAAAAUAAUCAGCCUGAAAUACAGAACAAUCAGCAUGAAAUUGUAUUUAUAAGGGAAGAACCAGAGUGUGUUAUUUGCUUCUCUGCUCCUAUGGCUGUUGUUUUAAUCCCCUGUGGUCAUAUUUGUUUGUGUAGAGACUGUGCCAAUGCUUUACAUAGACCCAAGCUAUGCCCAAUUUGCAGGAGACGUGUCACAAAGAUACAACCAUAUUUUCAUGCAUGAACUCCUACUUGGCUAUAUAAGGGGAAUGAGGUAAUUGUGUUUUUGGAGUGGGCAAAAACUUGAUACCUCUUUGUAGGGAACACCUGUUUACAAGGAACAGUUUUGGCAAGUCUUGGAAAGUGUUCCUUGAAUGCAGGUUUUAAUGCAAAUGCCUUCAGUACAGGUAUAUUGUCUUGACAUUUUGUUCAUAUUUACUCUUAAACAUGUCCCAUUCUUUUUGACCCACUCUGU